AUGUGCCUACGCCUCCGCAGUACAAUCACUCGCAGUACAAUCACUCGCUUCCUGUCGAAGGUCAACCACGUCUUCUACGCUCGUAACCUGCCCAUAACCGCAAGUCAGACCCGCAUCGGCACGAACAAAGACGCGCGCGGCACCGCCUUCUUGGCGUUCGUCGAUAUAUUCGACGCCGAGGCCGCCGUCGACCACCAUUCGGGAUUCAGCGUUGCCGAUAGAUAUCUGAUCGCCUUGUACUACCAGCAGGCGAAGAUGGGCAAGAAAUUUGACCAGAGGAAAAAGAUUCUGGGUCUUCUGGGAAAACAAAGUUACGGGUCAAAAUUGCGAUUGAAGAACGCAGGAAGAUUUCAAUAACGUUGAACAAAUUACGGUGCGAUUAAAGUCUUUUGAAUCCAAUUCAAGCCAGCGCGAAGAUAAGCUUUUCAAUUGACGGGUAACGAACUUCGGCCUCGUGUAACGCCUUGUUGACGUAAUAAAUCGGAUGUUGAUCGGAACCUUCCUCUCGAACGAGCACAACACUUAUCGCGGUCGAGGUCACUCCUAAGUAUAAGUAUAACAUUUCUCCGGGGGUUGGCUUCUGUAGGACGGGCGACCGGACGAGUGAAUCCUUGAUCUGAUCCAAGGCUUUUUGAUACUCGUCCGUCCACUCGAACUGCUUGUACUUCUUAAUAGCUUCGAAGAAUGGUUUACACUUAUCUGUGGUAUAACCUGCUGAACCGGCCUUGGUUAAGUUAAAAUUCUUGUAUGUAACAUAUACAAGCAUCAUGUUUCUGAAUCGGCCUGCUUUAAUAGGACUUGCCCGACCCGUUUCAUUUUAUUGUACGUGAAAAGGCGUUUAGUGACAUAUUGAGUCAGUUCGAGGGGGUAAUAGCAAUUUAUUCUAUUAGCACCUAUCGCAAACGCAGAGCCGCUCGCGAACACAGAAAAAUUCUUGGACAUUUUAUUCAGGUAAUUCAAGAUUCAGUCGAUGAAGGUUCGAGGGAUGUUGGCGGCCACAUCCGUUGGCUCGGCGAGAGGAAUUUUCACUUGCUGUUGUUUAUUUGUUAGAAUCAAGCAGACAGAAAAUGAAAUCGUCCAAAUGUUCAGUUCGGGAGCCCCAAAAGACGACGAGCCCAAAUCCCGAAACCAUCUUUCAACAAGGAGAAUUCCAUCCUCAAGAACGCUGGACGAGCGAUUCAUAAGAAUCUUGAAGAUAUUUAAGUGGGGCCCAGAUUCCGAGAAGGCCCUCGACGUAUUGAAACUAAAAGUCGAUCACAGAUUGGUUUGUGAGGUCUUGCAGGUUGAUGUCGAAAUCAACGUGAAGCUUCAGUUCUUCAAGUGGGCCGGCAAGAGAAGGAACUUCGAGCACGAUUGCUCGACUUACAUGGCCUUAAUCCACUGCCUCGACCAAUCGGGCCUUCCUGGCGGGAUGUGGAAAGUCAUCCAACAAAUGGUCAGAGGCCCAUGUGCGAUUGACCCGGCUCAUCUCUCAGAGAUUGUAAAACUCUUGGGCCGGGCCAAGAUGGUGAACAAAGCCCUCUCGGUUUUCUACCAAGUCAAAAACCGAAAAUGCAUUCCGACAGCUGGCACGUACAACUCCAUAAUCAUGAUGCUCAUGCAAGAAGGCCAUCACGACAACGUUCACGAGCUGUACAACGAGAUGUGUAGCGAAGGUAACUGUUUUCCCGAUACCGUAACUUACAGUGCCCUUAUAUCAGCAUUUGCGAAAUUGGGCCGUGACGAGUCAGCCAUUAGGCUGUUUGAGGAAAUGAAAGACAAUGGUUUGUACCCCACCGCGAAAAUAUACACGACUCUGUUGGGUAUUUUCUUUAAACUAGGUCAGGUGGAGAGGGCCAUAGGUUUAGUAAAAGAGAUGAGAGAUAAAGGCUGCGCGCCUACUGUAUACACGUACACGGAGUUGAUAAGGGGGCUCGGCUCAGCUGGGAGAGUCGAAGAAGGUUAUUCAGUUUUCUUGAAAAUGCUCGACGAAGGCUGUGAGCCAGACGUCGUCCUCAUAAACAACGUGGUUAAUUUAUUGAGCCGUGGGGGCCGCCUGGCCGACGCUAUCAAGCUUUUCGAAAAAAUGGAGUCUUGGAGGUGUACGCCGAACGUGGUGACUUACAACACCAUAAUUAAGGCCCUGUUUGGGUCGAGGGCCUCGAUAUCCGAAAUCUUGGCUUGGUACGAGAAAAUGAAAGCCGACGGCGUCGAUCCCAGCUCGUACACUUACUCGAUUCUGAUAGACGGGUUUUGCAAGAAAAACAAUUUGGAAAAAGCUCUGCUAAUGCUAGAGGAGAUGGACGAAAAGGGCUUUCCCCCUUGCCCGGCAGCUUACUGCAGCUUGAUCAAUGCAUUGGGCCGGGCCAAAAGGUAUGAUGCGGCCCGCGAGCUUUUUCAGGAGCUGAGGGAAAAUUGUGGGCCCUCGAGCGCCCGUGUGUACGCAGUCAUGAUCAAGCAUUUCGGGAGGUGUGGGUGGAUGAAGGAGGCAGUCGAGCUCUUUGACGAGAUGAAAAGACUGAAUUGCCCUCCUGACGUGUACGCGUACAAUGCAUUAAUGUCGGGGAUGGUGAGAGCGGGCCUGACGGACGAGGCCCGGUCCCUGAUACGGGCCAUGGAGGGGGAAGGGUGUUCUCCGGACCUCAACUCGUACAAUAUUAUCCUUAAUGGGUUGGCUCGGACGGGUGGGCCCGGGAGGGCGGUGGAGAUGUUUGAGGAGAUGAAGAGAUCGGAGAUGAAGCCGGAUGUUGUGUCUUAUAACACGGUGUUGGGCUGUUUUAGUCGGGCAGGGAUGUUUGGGGAAGCAGCGAAGUUGAUGAAGGAGAUGAAUUCGGUCGGGUUUGAGUAUGACCGGAUAACGUAUUCUUCGAUACUUGAGGCGGUUGGUAAAGUCGAUCAGGAUUGUAGAAUUGUGGAUUCGUGAACUCGGAAUGUGUUUUUUUUAUUUUUAGUUUACGGAUUCGGAGUUUCUUGUAGUCUGAGUUUUUUUCUGUGCUGAUGGAUUCUUGUGAGGUUCUUUUUUUUUUCCUAUAGAAAGGAAUGUUGUUGGUUGGUGGCAAACUCAGCAGUGUAUGAUGAGAAAUGUGGUGCUUUUUGAGUAUUUGUUGCACAAAAUUGUGAACAAGUGUAACUUGAGGAGAAUGUAGUUUUGUGUUGGUUGUGGUAGCUAAACUCUUGUUAUAUAUUAAUAUUUUCCUAGAAUAGUUCACUUCAUUUCCUUAUUUUUUUAACAUUGAUUUUUUGUUCUAUUCUCUUGUGCUAUUAAUACAGGCCAUCCAAUUUACUUGCCCUACCUUGAGGGACGGCUUGGUUGGGGUUUUAAAUUCUAUUGUGCAGCUAAGAGGUUG